GAGGUUCUACUUGGCAUCACAGGCAAGGACUUCACUCUCAUUGCAGCUUCCAAAGCUGCCAUGCGAGGUCCAACCACCUUCAAGGCUUCCGACGACAAGACAAGGGCGCUAAACAAACACACUCUACUUGCAUUCUCUGGAGAGCCUGGAGACACCGUCCAGUUCGCCGAAUACAUUCAGAGAAACGCCCAGCUCUACUCUAUGCGCAACGAGACGGACCUGUCACCCUCCGGACUAGCACACUUCGUCCGCGGAGAGCUCGCAUCGAGCCUACGAUCCCGAAAGCCCUAUAACGUCAACCUCCUCAUGGGUGGCGUGGACCCCAUCACUGGCAAGCCCGCUCUGUACUGGCUGGAUUACCUUGCCUCGCUCGUGGACGUGCCCUACGCCGCUCACGGCUACGCACAAUACUACUGCCUGUCGCUUCUGGACAAGCACCACCAUCCCGAUAUUACCUUAGGCCAGGGCAUCAAGCUCCUGACUAUGUGCGUUGAUGAGCUGAAGAGGAGAUUACCGAUCGACUUCAAGGGCAUGGUCGUCAAGGCUGUCAAGGCAGACGGCAUCGUCGACAUAGAAUUCGACGACGACCGGGUGGUAAAGUGUCCUUGA